AUGCCUUCCCACGUCACACUUCUUGUUGUUAUCAUAAGUGUGAAUAAUAGUCGAUCAUGCUCAUACAGUUAUAUGAAAUUCAAACCUUCCAAGGAAACAUCUCAAAUGAUUAAAUGGAAAUAUUUUUAUUCUGCAGAUGAACAACCUCAAAUGUUCAUUGCUGGUAACAUUGUAUUUAUUUCAGGUAAAUAUAUAGUUGAAAAAUCUGAACAAUGCAUUAAUUCAUCUUGUAAAAGUAAACUAAAAAAACCAGAUUAUGCUGAUUUAGAUGUUCGAUGUCACAAAAAAGUGAAACAACCAGAUAAUGAUGAUGAGUUAGAUGAAGGUGAAAUUUCUUAA